ACGACGCCAUUCUUCGCUGGCGGAGUGAGACCUCUUCACUGACUCCUCUUCUAUGACGCCGUAGCAGCCGAGCCUCUGCCGGUUCGCUCCCCUCGCUGUGCAUAGCUGGCUGCGUGCUGCAAAUCGCCUUCAUCGGGAGACAAAGCGAGGCAGAGGUAACACAGGAGCGAAGCUACACCUGUCUGUGGAUUUAAAGAGCGACGAAGAGGAUUUGAAAUUGUCAGUGCUGCGACAGGGAUCCGCUCCACACCGCUGGUCAGAUAAGAGAUCUCAGUGGGAACAGGUGUUGCUCCUGACUCACGUGAAUUUGUGCAAACAUCAGCGCAGGAGAGCUGGAAGUGCACGCAGCCCGAACUCUUCUGCAGGGAGUGUCAGCUCAUAGAGGUGGGAUCCUUGUGGCCGGCCCAGACUGGAAGGACGUACAAAGUUCUGGUGAGAGGUCAGUGAAAGCAGCAGUACCAGUGGAUGGAGAUGAUGUCCAUGCAAAUGAGUGAGGCAGACAGCGUGGUGAAGGUGGCAGAGUGGCAGCAGACUUACUAUGCCACAGACUCUGGCAUCCAAUCGGGAGCUACCACAGUGCAGGACGACGAGAGCAGCACUGAGUAUAGUGGCAACAAGAAGUACACAAACAGUACUACAACCGGCACUGGCUCUGUACCUGUUAAGGCCACAGUGGGGGGAGGUGGAGACUCAGCAUUCAGUGGAGUAGAUAGCCCAACAGAUUUAGAAGCUCAGUACUCUCUUACCCGGGCUCAGCGGGUCAGGGCUGCCAUGUUUCCAGAGACUCUGGUAGAAGGGGAGGCAGCCAUGCCUGUCCAGUCAGAUCCCUCACAGCAGAGCAAUGUGCAACGACUGGCUGAACCUUCUCGGCUGCUAAAGACAGCUCUCGUCCACCUGAUAAACUACCAAGAUGAUGCUGAACUGGCCACCAGGGCAGUGCCAGAACUCACCAAGUUGUUGGGAGACGAGGAUCCGGUUGUCGUGAACAAGGCGGCCAUGAUUGUCAACCAGCUAACCCGUAAGGAGGCCAGUCUCCGCGUGCUGGUGCAGUCUCCAGCCAUGGUGGCAUCCGUGGUGUGUGCCAUGACGACAACAACUGACAUGGAGACGGCACGUUGCACAGCCAGUGUGCUUCACAGCCUAUCGCACCAGAGGGAGGGACUGCUGGCCAUAUUCAAGGCUGGAGGGAUACCAGCACUGGUCCGAAUGCUAAGUUCACCAGUAGAAUCAGUCCUAUUUUACGGAAUUACCACUCUUCACAACCUGCUGCUGCAUCAAGAGGGAGCAAAGAUGGCUGUGCGUCUUGCUGAUGGCCUGCAGAGAAUAGUUCCCUUAUUGAAAAAGAGCAACCCAAAGUUUUUAGCCAUUACUACAGAUUGUCUGCAACUCCUGUCCUACGGAAACCAGGAAAGCAAGCUGAUUAUUCUAGCCAAUGGGGGUCCAGAGUGUUUGGUUUUCAUCAUGAGAAACUACAACUAUGAGAAGCUGCUUUGGACGACAAGCCGUGUCCUUAAAGUGCUGUCUGUCUGCCCCAGCAACAAACCAGCUAUAGUCGAAGCUGGAGGCAUGCAGGCUUUGGGGCAGCAUCUUACAGGGUCUAGCCAGCGUCUGAUCCAGAACUGUCUGUGGACACUCCGUAAUCUGUCAGACGCAGCAACCAAACAGGAGGGAUUAGAUGGUCUGCUGCAGAUACUGGUCACUCAGCUGGGCUCAGAUGAUGUGAACAUGUUAACCUGUGCCACCGGCAUUCUGUCCAACCUGACAUGCAAUAACUCACGCAACAAGACGCUGGUGACUCAGUAUGGUGGAGUGGAGGCAUUGAUCCAUGCUGUGCUUCGUGCUGGCGAGAAGGAGGAUGUUGCUGAACCUGCGGUCUGCGCCCUGCGGCAUCUCACCUCCCGCCACCAAGAUGCCGAGCUAGCCCAGAAUGCCGUGCGUCUGCACUAUGGUGUCCCAGCUAUUGUUAAACUACUGGGCCAGCCCCACUACUGGCCUGUAGUAAAGGCCACAGUUGGACUCAUCCGGAAUCUCGCACUGUGCCCAGCUAAUCAGGCAUCACUGAGAGAGGCAGGUGCAAUUCCACGACUGGUGAACCUGCUGCUCAAAGCUCACCAGGAUACACAAAGACAUGCCUCCUCUACACAGCACACAUACCAGGAUGGCGUUCGCAUGGAGGAAAUAGUAGAGGGCUGCACAGGAGCGCUUCAUAUUUUGGCCAGAGACCCUAUAAACAGAGGAGAGAUUGCCAGCAUGCAGACCAUACCACUGUUUGUACAGCUGCUGUAUUCGUAUGUGGAGAAUGUGAAAAGAGUGUCUGCAGGAGUACUGUGUGAGCUAGCCCUGGACAAACACUCUGCAGAGCUCAUAGAUGCAGAAGGAGCAUCAGCACCACUCAUGGAGCUGCUGCACUCAAACAACGAGGGAAUUGCUACCUAUGCCGCAGCAGUGUUGUUCCGCAUUUCAGAAGACAAGAGUUCCGACUACAGGAAGAGAGUGUCAGUGGAGCUUACACAUUCGCUGUUCAAGCAUGACCCUGCUGCCUGGGAAAUGGCCCAUACUGCAGUUCCUUUGGAGCCUACGUAUCUUCCAGAUGAGUUAGAUGGCUCUUACCCCCCAUAUGGCUAUGCUGAUCUGCCACUGGACACCCUGCCGCUAGACCCCGACCUCCAUGAGCCCUACAUUCCUGACAUGACUUAUGAUCCAAGACAGACCUACCCUGAGCCACUCUAACAG